AUGUAUUCGGAGUGUCGCCCAGAUAUGAUUGAGCAAAGUUCGCAAAGUCAACAACAAGACCACGAAGAAGAUAUCGACGUGGAGGAUACAGUUGUAUCACUAUUUGUGAAGGGCAACUCGUGGGGCAAGUUUUGGGACGCUGAUGCUCUCGCGGAACUCCCUGCGGAAGUCGUCACGAUGAUCAUGAACGAGCUCGGUCAUGUCUCUCAGCUUUGCUUCUCGCUGACCUCAUCCCGCUACCGGCAAUUAUUCAAAUUGUCCAACUUCGACUCCUACAUCCAUGGUUACUGCCACACAUCGAAUAGUAUCCCAGAGGGUUGCUACGCUGCACGUCUCUCCUUACCUAUGACCAUACAAGAAUCGAAGUGCAGGCUGUAUUGUUAUGAUCUGGACAAGUGCUGUUUCACCUUCGAGGCACUUUCCGAGAGUGAUGAUAGAGAGAAGUGGUACCCUCCUCUCGCGACCUUGCUGUGGGACGAAAGAUUCUUCUGGAGCGGCGGUGGACAAUGGUGCGAAGGAUGUUGGAGAGCUCUGCCUCCCACAAGUUGGGAUCGGUGUGCUUUUGAGAAUGACUUUUGGGACAACGUUGCCAAUCCAUCGGUGUUUAGAUUGGACCCCUACAGAUACAUUACCAGUCUCCUUGCCCAAGCUCUUAUCCAGGGACUUAAAACCCGCAAGACGGCCUCUGCCUCUACAGACAUAAAUUAUGCGGAGCUUCGUCAAGUCCUUCUCAAGAAGGAUGGUCGUCAUGCUUGGGAUGCCUGGGAUGAGGAGUGGGAUGAAUACGUGUCUCGAGAAAUUCUUGACUUUGAUUACACUCAAUGCACAAAAUGCAGAGUCAAGAAAAUCAUCACCGAUAACGGUAGAAGACGAGAGGGGUGGAAUGGAUGGAGUAUGGAGUGGAAGAACAUCGCAAAGGAGGCCGAUGGAGUUGCGAUGAUUGGUGGGUUACACUUUGGCGACUACCCAUUUCCUUAUUUGUUUGAUAUACUGGAGUGGAACGAUAGGUCAAACAAUGAGUCGAUGAUGUUCGUUUUGUGGGAAGAUGUAUUCAGGGAAUGCGGACUUUUCGUUAAGAAAUAUGAGAAGGUAGACCGGUACAGUGGUAAGAGCUACUUUGGUUUGGUCGAUGGGACUACUCCUACCGUCGAUAUCGACAGAGUGGAACCCUUACCCCAACGGGACGUCCCAUCUACCGAUGGGAUCUAUACGCAAAUAUUGAAAUUUUGCUUUGAUUUAUUUAUAUUCAUUAUUUCAAUGUUUUAG